AUGGGCAAUGACGGUGGCUCCAUUCCAAAGCGGCGAGAACUCGUCAAGAAUGCCGCUCGCGCGCCUACGGUGUCUGAACUCAAAGCUACUGCUUUAGAAUCGCUUACCCAUGCGUGGACUCAUUGCGCUCUCAGUGGCGCCAUUCUGGAGAUGGAAACCGCUGUAUCAGACUGGAAAGGGCGGUUGUUCAAUUAUGAAGCCAUUCUUAGUGGAUUAAUGCCGUCGGACGAGCCCGUCGAAACAACUCCCGCCACAUUUGGCAUCAAGUCACUCAGAGACGUUGUGCGACUCAAAUUUUCAAGGACUGACGGUAAAUGGGCAUGUCCCAUCUCAAUGAAGGAGAUGGGACCAUCCACCAAGGCCGUGUACCUGGUCCCUUGUGGCCACGCUUUUGCUGAAGUCGCCAUCACAGAAAUUCAAGAGAGCUCGUGUCCUGAGUGUGGUGAGACCUUUGACAAGGACAACACAGUCACAAUAUUGCCGACGACCGAAAAAGAUGUCCGGCGGCUGGAGAAGAGGCUAGACGAUCUACGGGAGAAGGGCUUGACGCACAGCCUAAAGAAGGAUAAAUCAGAGAAGAAGAACAAAAAGAAACGAAAGGGUGACGAAGUCAACGGGAAUGACGACAAAGCCAUGAAAGCAGAUGCAUUACAACCAAAGAAGGAUGCAGACUCAAGAAUAAGCGGCAUCAAUAAUCCUAUGGCAGCAUCCCUUACUGCCAAAGUUCUGGCUGAACAAGAUGAAAGAAAUAAGCGGCGGAAGCUGGUGGCCGAGGUUAUGUCUAGGAAUGGCGAAGUAGUGAAGGGUUGA